AUGGCCUCCGGAUUGAGCAUACUGCCUUUCACCAUCAUCAAUGCCUUCACUGAUACCGUUUCCGGCGGUAACCCGGCUCUCGUCGUGUUGGUCCCCUCUUUGACCGCCGUCGCAGAUUCAGACUUCUUGGGCAUCGCGCAAAGCUUGGGCCAACCUAUAACAGCCUUCAUCUCCCAAACCAUUCCCUCCCCGGUCAGCUCUCCGGUGAACAGCGUACCAGCCACAGACGUCGGAGUACGUAUGGGAGAUGUUGUUGAGGAGGGAACGGAGGCCGAGUUUGGCAUUCGAUGGUUCACGGUCAAUCGAGAGGUCCCCCUUUGUGGUCACGGAGCACUCGCUUCGGCGAAGGCUAUCUUCAUCCACUCGCCACCGCUCAUAUCAUCGUCGGUGAAUAGCAUCAAGUUCACAUCGCUUAACGGGGUGGUCGUCGUGGUAAAAAAGGCGGAUGAGGAGAUGCUAGAGAUGACUUUGGAUAAUGCCGCUCCGCUGAUAGCGUUGGAAGGAGAGGAGGAAAGGAAUUUGAAAAAGACAGUGCAGGAGGCGGUUGGGGCCGAUAUCACGAUCAAGUUCUUGGGGAAAAGCACGAAAAAGGGAUUCAAGGCUUACAAUCUAGUAGAACUUGACGUGGAUGAUUUGGCAGCCGUCGCAGUGGACGUAAAAGCUCUCCUGAACUCACCAUUCGGCAUAAACGUUUUCACCAGCGCGUCUUCCAUCCCUGGCUCGCAGUUUUCGUCUCGCAUGUUUGCGCCUUCAUUCGGGGUAAACGAGGAUCAUGUCUGCGGAUCUGCACAUUGUCUCCUCGCUCCGUACUGGGCUGCAAAGAAGCAGCUGCAGGGUACUUUCAUGGCUAGGAUGGCGAGUGCCCGUGGUGGGGAUCUGAGAGUGACCGUGGCCGAUAAACCGGAGUCAGAGACUAUCAAACUCGCUGGCAAGCUGAAGGUCACGAUGAAGGGGCAAUUGUUUCUGUAA